AUGGAGAAAUCCGGCUACGGCAGAGACGGUAUUUACCGAUCACUUCGUCCGAAGCUCGUUCUUCCCAAAGAUCCCAACACAUCGUUAGUCUCUUUCCUCUUCCGUAAUUCAUCUUCUUACCCGAGUAAGCCUGCUCUCGUUGACUCCGACUCCGGCGACUCCUUAUCUUUCUCUCAGCUCAAAUCCGCCGUUGCUAGACUCGCCCACGGGUUUCUCCGUCUAGGGAUUCGCAAAAACGACGUCGUGUUGAUCUUCGCUCCGAAUUCUUACCAGUUCCCUCUCUGUUUCCUCGCCGUAUCCGCAAUCGGCGGCGUUUUCACCACCGCGAACCCUCUCUACACCACGAAUGAGGUUUCCAAGCAGAUCAAGGACUCGAACCCGAAGAUUAUUAUCUCCGUUGAGCAGUUGUUCGACAAAAUCAAGGGUUUCAAUCUCCCCAUCGUGCUACUGGGAUCUGGCGAAUCCGUACAGAUUCCUCCUAAUACGGGAUCGAAUUCGAAAAUCCUCAGCUUCAACAACGUGAUGGAGCUCGCCGAGCCAGAUUCGGAUCUCCCGGUCGUCGAAAUUAAACAAUCAGAUACUGCUGCACUGUUGUAUUCGUCAGGAACCACGGGAAUGAGCAAAGGCGUGGAGUUAACCCAUGGAAAUUUCAUCGCAGCUUCUUUGAUGGGGACGAUGGAUCAAGAUCUAAUGGGAGAGUGUCACGGCGUGUUCUUGUGUUUCCUUCCGAUGUUCCAUGUAUUUGGGCUUGCCGUGAUCACUUAUUCGCAGCUUCAGAGAGGGAAUGCUUUGGUCUCCAUGGCGAAGUUCGAGCUCGAGACGCUUCUUAAGAACAUCGAAAAGUACAGAGUCACUCAGCUUUGGGUUGUUCCUCCUGUGUUCCUUGCUCUUGCUAAGCAGAGUAUUGUGAAAAAGUACGAUCUUUCUUCGCUCAAGUACAUUGGAUCAGGAGCUGCUCCUCUUGGGAAAGAUUUGAUGGAGGAGGGUGGAAGAAACCUCCCUAAUGUCGUGCUUAUGCAGGUUCCAUAUCCUGUUCUUGGUUUUGGUCCUUUCUACUCAUUUCGCAAAAAGUCUUUUGAGUUUUUGAUAAGAUUAGAUGGAUAUGGAAUGACUGAAACCUGUGGGAUUGUCUCUGUGGAAGACUCGAGACUCGGAAAAAGGAACUCUGGUUCAGCUGGAAUGCUUGUUGCAGGUGUUGAAGCUCAGAUAGUGAGUGUAGAAACUGGAAAAACUCAGCCUCCUAACCAGUUAGGCGAGAUCUGGGUUCGAGGGCCUAACAUGAUGAAAGGGUAUCUCAAUAACCCUAAGGCUACUAAAGAAACAAUAGAUAAGAAAGGUUGGGUACAUACCGGAGAUCUUGGAUACUUUAACGAAGAUGGUAACCUUUUUGUUGUUGAUCGAAUCAAAGAACUUAUCAAAUACAAAGGCUUCCAGGUUGCUCCAGCUGAACUAGAAGGUCUUCUUGUAUCGCAUCCCGAAAUACUAGACGCUGUCGUUAUCCCCUUCCCUGAUGAAGAAGCAGGUGAAGUUCCAAUUGCAUUUGUUGUGCGAUCCCCAAAUAGUUCAAUAACAGAGGAAGAUAUUCAAAAGUUCAUAGCCAAACAGGUUGCUCCUUAUAAAAGACUACGAAGAGUGAGCUUCAUUAGCAGUGUUCCAAAAUCUGCUGCUGGUAAAAUCUUGAGAAGGGAACUUGUUCAGCAAGUAAGGUCCAAGAUGUGA